AUUAUCUCGUCGUCUUCUUUUUCCAACAGAUUCCAGAGGGGUGACUACCACAUUGACGUCUGUAUCAAUGACUACCUGGAUGUUUUCUGCCCUCACUAUGAGGACUCCGUCCCAGAAGAUAAAACUGAGCGCUAUAUCCUCUACAUGGUGAACUUUGAUGGCUACAGUGCCUGCGAUCAUACUUCCAAAGGGUUCAAGAGAUGGGAAUGUAACCGGCCUCACUCUCCAAAUGGACCACUGAAGUUCUCUGAAAAAUUCCAGCUCUUCACUCCCUUUUCUCUAGGAUUUGAAUUCAGGCCAGGCCGAGAAUAUUUCUACAUCUCCUCUGCAAUCCCAGAUAAUGGAAGAAGGUCCUGUCUAAAGCUCAAAGUCUUUGUGAGACCAACAAAUAGCUGUAUGAAAACUAUAGGUGUUCAUGAUCGUGUUUUCGAUGUUAACGACAAAGUAGAAAAUUCAUUAGAACCAGCAGAUGACACCGUACAUGAGUCAGCCGAGCCAUCCCGCGGCGAGAACGCGGCACAGACACCAAGGAUACCCAGCCGCCUUUUGGCAAUCCUACUGUUCCUCCUGGCGAUGCUUUUGACAUUAUAGCACAGUCUCCUCCCGUCACCCAUCACAGAAGACAUCAGGGUCUUGGAACACCAGAGAUCCACCUAACUGCUCAUCCUAAGAAGGGACUUGUUAUUGGUUUUUGGCAGAUGUCAGAUUUUUGUUUUCUUUCUUUCAGCCUGAAUUCUAAGCAACAACUUGGGGCCGUGGGGGGCUAAACUAGUUGCUGCCUCCCUCACCCCACCCUACCCCAUGCCCUUGCCCCUGACUUCUCUCACCCCUUCCAAAUUAAAUGGACUCCAGAUGAAAAUGCCAAAUUGUCGUAGUGACACCAGUGGUUCGUCAGCUCCUGUGCAUUCUCCUCUAAGAGCUCACCUCCGUUAGCUCACUGUGUCAGCGGGAUGUGGACAAGGAAGAAUAGUGGCAGAUGCAGCCAGGGAUGGCUGGGCCCGGGAGGGCUUUCCUCUCCUAUACAAUAUUUAUGCCUUCUCAUUCAGGACUGUAAGAUGAUCGUGCAGGGCAUCAUGUCACCAUGUCAGGUCCAGAGGGGAGGUAUUGAGAAUAGAUAUAAUAUUACACCAUUUCCUCUAGGAGUGUAUAAAUGAACAGGCUUCUAAAAGGUUGAGACACUGGGUUUUCUUAAUAUGACUGUCUUAAAGCAUUCUUGACAGCAAAACUCAUGCUCUUUAAAAAGAAGCCUUUUUUUCUAGGAGGCAGUUGGGUGCAGAACUAUAUGUUUGGUGGGGGUGUGUAUGUGUGAAUGCCUCUAAUUUUUUUGGUGACUGGGCAGUGCACAGCAGAUUUUUUCUUUUUCUUUGAAUACAGAUCACCAUGGUGCUACAACUUUUUUUUUCUUUUUAGAAACUCAAAGAGGCAUUUUUAUGAAUAAAGUGACCUUCCCCAAGGCUGACAAGCCAGGGUUGAUGAGUGCAUAGUGGAAUAGCUUUGGAUGCUCCUCUGGGGGACGAUAUGUACCAAGGAAAGGUUGUCGGUGGCCAGAGGAGAAGUGACUUGGCUGUGCUGGAGCACCAGUGUGCUGUGGCCUUUCCCCAACUCCCACCCUAGUACCCACAUUUUGCUCCACCCUCCACGACCACAGGGGCUCGGACCUAAGUCCCUGUCACCAAGAGAGUCAGCCAGUACUUCUUGGGAGGGCUAAAGGGAAAUUUGGAAAUAAAAUUCCAAAGUUUGGAAUAAAAAAAUUCAAGUGUUGAUUUUAUAUUCUUUCCCUUUCUGACACAGCCUAAAGCGUAGGGGGAACAUGUGUUUAUCUGUGGGAGAUAAACAAGAUGGAGUCCCAAAGACUUUAACAAAAUAUUUUUUUAAAAAUCCACUAGAAUAGAAAAUACAUUAUUUAGAUAUACUUUAUGCUGAGAGUGAGUAUAUAUGCUUGUCCUAUUUAAACUUGUGAGAAAAAGUGGUAUCCCUUGAUACAUUUAGAAAUAUGGGGGGGCUAUCUUGUUUUGUUGUGGGGGUGGGGCAGGAGGAGGAUAAGUGCACGAUGGCCCUGUUUAAGGAAUCUUAGCAUGGCCAACAGGGGACUAUCCAGUUGAUUACCAGAAAAUGCAAGACUUGGGGUUUCUACUGGAGGGGCUGUCUCAAACUUUAAACUCCAAAGCCUAGACAGGGAAAAGUGUCAGACCAAUGGGAAAAAUAUUUAGCCUUUUUUUUUAGCUAUUGCACAACAUGUCAAUAGAAACCAUGCCUUUCAAAAUAAAAUAAAAAAUAAAAUGGGAUAAUCAUGUAAAAUGUGAAAAUUUGAAAGCAUUCCAGCAAAAGAAGGAUUUUUUUAUAUAUUUGUUUUUUAAGAUGUAUAUGUUAAAAAAGGGGGGGGGAGUCAUAUUAUAGAUAGACUUCAUGAAUGGGAAUUUGCUUAGAAUUGUGAGUAGUUCUGAUUUAGAAAAAUAUGUGAAUGAAAGGCAGCUGUAAAUGUACUGUGCCCUGGGGAGUUGUACACAUGUUGAAAUGUAACCUGGGCUUACCUUACCCAUGGGAGUGGAUAUCACUGCUGAGUCUGUGCUCACCUGGGACCGAGUGAAUGGGGUUGCCAGCCUCACAGAUACAAUCAGUGCUCUUCCUCUCUGACAUUGGGAACUUCUCUGGAGAGGCAGGGUUUUAUCACAGAAGGCAGCCACCAUUUCAUUGAAACAAAAGUUCACAGCAUUUGAUUCCUUUUUUCUUUAUUUAUAUGCUCAGUACUCUCAAUAAUAUCCAGAAAUACUUCUUUAUAUUAAUAGUUACAGGCUUGUUGGUCCCGUGGAAUUUAGGUAGGGGGAAAAAGAUACCUUCUAAAAUGGAUCGAUAGUCAGAACCAAAACAAUACACUGCAUGUUCUAUAACCACAAGGAAAUCAGAUGAUGUUGAAAUGGUUCCAGUUAGUCAUAAUUACAUUAGCAGUGCUAAUUUAAUUUUAGAAAUGGUGACUUCUGUGGUUUUUCUAGCAUUUGUCUCUAACAAAUAAUGAAAUUAUUACUCAUGGCCCUCUCUGCCAUUGUCUUUCAUUUUUCCACUAUGAAAUUAGACCCCUUUACUUCACCAUUGUGCCACUACAAAUUAAGUUUAAAAACAAAAAAUAGACUUUCCACGCCAGUAGACAGUUGCUUCUCUACUAUAAGUGACGUAAUCAUAGCUAACGCACUUGCCAUGGAGUUCUCAAGAACAUGAUUAGUGUCAGACAGUUUUCAUCUUGUCCAAAAAGUGCUGGUGGCCUUUUGUGGUGGUGUUAUAAUCCUCUGGGGGAUUAGGAGGAUGUCGAUGCAACUUUGUAGCAGCUUUUAAUUUAAAAAACAAUUCACAAGUCUGAAGGGCAGCCACAGCCGCCCCUCACCCCAGUUAGUCAAACCCCAGCGACCUUUGCCCCUGGUUGCCAAGGGCUUUGCAACAUGAAGCAGGGAAAUAAGGAUCUGUCUGUUUAGUGGAUACCGUGUAUCCUUUAAUAGACCAGGUAACAGUUGUGUUAGUUUAGAUUCUUGUUUUGUACUGUACUUUCUUGGGUGGCAGAGGAAAGAAAAGUAAAAAAUUAAAAAACAAAAAAAAUGCGUUCUUUAAAUUCUGUAUUAUUAGCAACCUCUGUUGUAUAUAGUGUUUGAUAAUAAAGUAUUAAUUUGAUUCUUAUGUCUUUUGUAAGUGAGAACAAUAGAUCUUCAGGAUACAAAACAUGCAUUGAGGCUUUGAAACAUCCGGUGUGUACGUGGCUAAGAAAAUAGUCACAAAUGGCUGAGACACUGCUCCAUACAGGACUCAUGUGUGGUCACCACCCACUCUAUCUUAAGACUCCAUCAUCUUGGGACCUGGGACAACAUGACUUUUUUGAUCAAUAUUUUGUCCUCAAUGUUUUCAAGGUCUGAUGUUGGAGCCCUGGAGUCGUCCCUUCCGCCCCACGGCCAGCAUGUUGGUUUGAAAAGGUUUAGGGAAUUUAGUAAUGGUUCUGUAGUAAGGUUUGGUUUGGUUUGGUUUUCUGUUAGUGGUUGUUUUCAUGAACUGUUUCAUUUCCCCCCAGGAAGAGUCUUCUCAGUAUCGUGUUCAGCUCACGCAUGGGAAUGGUUGCAAACCAGUCUGUUUAGGGAAGUUAUGUGGGGGCUGUCUCUCUCUCUCUGUGUCGUUGUGAAAGGAAGAGUCACACGGUACCUGUGGGUUUUCAGGGACUCUGUUUUUCUCCGGUGCCUUAGCAACGGCAGCAGCCCUUUCUAUUAAUUUCAAAAAAAAAAAAUAUGAGAAAAACGGUUUUGAACUCCCCUUCCAUUCAUUGUUCUCAGAGUUGUGGUCACUAGCUUUUCUUCUGAAAACCACCUCUACCAACACCCCGUUUGCCUACACCCCUUUACUUUUCAUGUUUAUUAUUUUGUCUCUCGCUUUCCUCCCUUGUUUUAUUUUCCCUCAGAGCCGUGAAUGGGCAGGUCUGUCUCUGGUUUGGCAUCACUGAGUUUUUCCCAUGCCUUUGCCCCAGAGCUGCUCGGGUGUGAGACAAAUCUCCCUACAAUGGGCUCGCUCCCAUUGUUCCUACAGUUUAAUAGAUGCUGGCAUGUUGGAGGUUACCCAUGAGUCAAAAUCCGCUUUCCAUGCUUACUCUUGACACCCCAUUCAAGCCACUCAUUGUGUGUGCGUCUGGGUGUGAAGUCCAGCUCCGUGUGGUCCUGUGCUUGUACUGCCCUGCUUUGCAGUCCCCUUGCACUUACUCAUCGAGUGCUGUUUUGAAAUGCUGACAUAAUAUAAACGUAAAAGAAAAUGUAAAAAAAAAAGAACCCCACACACAAACAAACCCAUACGAUCUGUAUUUGUAUAUACACGUGUCCGUACAAGUAUACCUAAAUAAAAAUUAAAGAUUUUCAUCAUUUUAA